AAAUUGCGAUUCUCUGCAAAAGGAAAGUAAGCAGACGGGAAGAGAUCACGAUAUAAUCUAACACACGAGCUUAUUGAUUCAGAUUUGAAAAUUGGAAGUUUGGUUUUCAAAGAGGAUUUACUCCAACAGGACCAUUUAAGGUGUUAUAGAUAUAAAAGAUCCUUGUAAGCUGGGCAUACAUACAAGCCUCCUCCAAUAGUGCUCCUUUAGGCCUGGCCCCCCUGGGGUACCGCCAGAAUGGACGACAUAGUCAGUGUAAAGAGCAUGCUCAGGGCAGUGCUGAUGAGCUGCAAGGAAGGUGUGGCAGCCCACAUCUUACAGAGAGAUUAUCGCGAUAUGACUGGUGAACCUCUGCCCUUCAAGAAGCUUGGAUUCAACAACCUUGAUGAUUUCAUAUACAGUAUUCCUGAUGUGGUCCAGAUACGCAAAAAUAACCAAGGGGAGAUAAUGUAUCAUGCCAAGGCAAGCCAAGAGACAGCUCACAUCCAAAACAUGGUUUCAAAACAGAGAAAUACAAAGAAAAAACGCAAACUUAUGCCUCUGAAAAGAAGACCUGCCCCUCAGUCAUUUGUACCACGUCCAUUAUAUCCACGAAAUUCACGCCCUCCAAAUCGGUACCAGAAUACAAACAGUAUGCAUCCAUACAGUUCUCCAAAGCCUUCCUAUAAGUCGUCUUCCUACUCCCCCCCGAAACAGUCCUUUAGUGGUCUCCAAGUCCGUUUGUCUGACACGCCAAACCAGAUCAACAAACAACGCUCUGUCACCUUCGAGGAGAUUGGACAAAAGACAUUCAGACGGGCUUUGGAUGAGGCUAACCAUGAUAGAACGGAAGAACGGCAACCAUUUGGAUCACGAUUUGAUGUCCCACCACGAUUCAGGAAAUUACAGCAAGCAGAGAGUAGCCGGCCAACUUUAAUUAAAGGUCCACCUAAAAAGACUUCACCAAAACGGCUGGACAAAACAGAAUUUGACACAGUAAUGAAUGGGCGCCAGUUCUACGAAAGGCUGGAGAGUUAUGCACGCCAGAACUUUGAUGUGACCUCCCUGGCCAUGGAAUUCAAUACCUUACCUGUGAAGAUUGGCGGGUCAAAAGGUUAUGUGAGCUCCCUCACCUUCGUUGGCAAGGUGUACGGUAGCGAAGAUGCCUUUGAAACUCCUGAGGAAGCAAUUUACGCUGUGGCAAGGAAGGUUUGUUUGGACCUUGACUCCAAUACGAAGAGGGACAGCAGUCCAGCAGAUAGGCCAUCGUUGUCCGUAUCCGAAUCCAUCCUCAAGUCACGUGUCAAAGAGUUGUUAUGCAACAAAGCAAAUGGUCUAUGGAAGAAACGUAUGCUGGAGCUUUACAAGGACCGGUUCAAGGAGGACCCACCAGAUCACCUGUUUAGCCUCAUCAAACAGUGGAAGGAUGUGGCUUCCAUACAGGAGAGUGCAGUACCAGACAAUGAAAUCAUCACACCGGUGUCACAGACAAAUCAAGAGGCAACAAAACCUGUCAGUCAGACCUCCAGGGCAGCCCAACCUUCAAAAGUAACAUCAUCACCUGUUGUCCCUCAGUUAACCUACCAGCCACCCUUACCAACAACACAACCUGCUGUCACAAAAGUACAGCAAAGGGCAGAUAACUCUUCCAUUAUGAAGGAUCUUAAAAUUCCCAAAGGAGAACCACUGCCAUUAGAUGAGAAGGUGACAGUGUACAUCACAUUUUUCCACAACUGUGGGUACUUUUGUGUACAGAGAGAAGACUCACCCAUAGAGGAGAUUUCUGCCCUCCUCUUUGCCCAGGCUUCCAACAAGGGGACAAAGCCCACACGAUCAGAAUUGUCUCCGGGUAGAUUCUGUGCUUCCAUGUACAGCACUGAUGGAAGUUGGAGCAGAGCUGAAGUCCUCGCCAAAGAUGACAUUGGUUGUGGUGUUGAAGUGCUCUACGUCGACUUCGGUAAUACAGAAAAGUGUUUCCCAAGCUCUAUGCAGUGGCUCUGUGAGAAGUCGGCUGCUUUCCCGGUUCAGGCUGUGUACUGUAGUCUUUAUGGAGUCAAACCUUUACAGGAUGGACUCUGGACAGAAGAGUCACAGAAGAAGUUUCUGGAGCUGACCCAGGAGGAGGCUCUGCUUGCCCUAACCCAUGGCUUCACAGAAGAUGGUGUGUGUGAAGUAGAGUUAUUCUACUCAGACCCAGACAAGACUGUCAGCAUUAAUCAGAUGAUGGUGGAAUCUGGCUUAGUGACCAGGGUUGACCAGUCAGCACCUAGUACAGAGCCAGAUGGCCUUGUGAUCCCUGACACCAGCCAGUUGGAUGUGUAUGUUUCGUUUGUCAACUCAAAUACAGACUCUGUUAUGUUGCGUCUUGUUGGAGAUGAAUUCAGCGAAAAGUUGGACGAACUAGAAACAAAAUUAGAAGCCGCGUUCCACGAUGCACCUGAGGAUGGUUCCAUUGUUGAGGGAUGUGUUUUUGUGGCAUAUGUAGAUGGUCUCUUCCAUCGUGUCCGUGUCCUUGAAAACGAGGGUAAAAAGAUCAAGUGCCACUUCCUUGACCAUGGAGACACAGAUCUUCUCAUCCCAGAUCAGUUACGACUCCUGGACAUGGAGCUCAACAAAUCCUUACCCUACCAGGCUAUAGAAGUUUCCCUGUACGGACUAGAAGAAGUGUCGGAGAACAUCACUGUCUUGGAGACAUUGUUUGACCUUGCUCUUGGCAAAACUUGUGUGGCAGAGGUCGUGAGUAGGGAAGACUGUCUAUCUGUGAUAUUGUUUGACACAUUUGGCCAGGAAGACGUUAACAUCAAUGAACUGAUUGCCAAGACUUACCAAGAAGCCUCAGCGACCUCCUUGCUGACCAGUCAUUCCUCGCCUCUGGGCAGUGUGGCCAAUCUGCUUGACCGCCCCUCGGACACGGCAGACCGGCCACUUGAUUCCUCACUCUCUAACAAAUCCAUAGACACUCAGAGCAGUAGUGUGUCAUCUUUAUCUGAUAACUCUGAUGGCGUGACGUCUCCCAACAAACCACAAGAUACCUCCGAGUCUGCUCAUCUUUCUCCCAAGUCUAGUUAUAUGGCUACUCUUAGCUCCAAACUCGAAACUCAACAAAAAGUUAUGGAACCAAAACUCACACCUGCCCAACAGUUCUCUUCUACAAAUGUGCAAUCUAAUACUACACUUGCAGUUAAAGACAAGCUUCUUGUUAAGCAAAAAUCCUCCGACUCCUGGGAGACAGAAGAGAGUGAGGAGGAAAUCGGAGAAGAAAUCUCUGAUGAAUGUGAAGAGGACAUCAACAGAAAUUCUAUGGAAAAUUCAACUUCAAAAAGUGUUUCUUUGUCUGAGAAAAAAACAACUAAUGAAAAAGAUGUGAUAGUUAUUUUGGAUGAUACGACCGGUCCGGAGGAUGUGGUAAUUAUUUCGGAUGAUGAUACCGGUGUAGAGGAUGCGGCGGGAGGGACGGCACAACCAGGCAGUCUGUACACCUGGAGGACAGGAAAGCCUGCAGAUCAGGACUCUGAUAAGGACCUCUGGGACAAGGAAGCCUACCACAAACGAAUCGUCCCACCGCACCAUACACUCCCUUCAAACGGCGAGUUCUGUGAUAUUCACAUUGGAUUUGUUUUUGAUCCGGCAAACUUUGUUGUGGUGUUUACAUACCAACCGCCCCUGUCAGACUCGUGUUUUACACCCUUUGAGGAAAUGUCAGACAUUCAGAGACUUCAUCAGGAGUUGAAUGACUACAUGUCGGAGAGGAAGACAGAUAAGAGUCUCUCUGAGGAGGACGUGAAGUUAGGCCACCUAUACGCUGGGCAGCAGGAUGACUGUUGGUACCGUGCGAUGACACGCCAGGCUGUGGGCCCGGAACUAUUUUCUGUGUACUAUCCUGACCUAGGGGAAUUCAAUGUUGUGGAUACCAGUGAGCUUCAACCCCUUCCACACAAAUUCUGGUUACUCCCCUUCCAGGCAUUCAAGGCAAAACUUGAUGCAAUCCGUCCAGCCAAACGGACUGGAUUAUGGACUGAGGGUGCCAUCUACAAGAUGAAGGAGCUGACAGAAGGCAGAAACCUGGUAGGACUGGUGAGAGGGGUUGACGAGAAUAAAGUUGUCUCCCUUUCCCUGGUGGACACCUCGGUUGAGAACGUUGAUGUUUGUAUUGAAGAUGUGUUGGUGGAGUUUGGUUACGCCGAGCUUUCUUGAUUAAAAAAAUACCAGUGUACAAACAUUACUGCAUGACUGAUCACAACAUUUAUUCUUGAGAAUUGCAGGCAACUUCACAAAAACGUAAUUAGAAAUUCAGUGCUUAUCUAUACAAUGUAUUUAAAUUAAAAACAGUUUCAGCUUAUAGUAUUUUCCCAUACGCUUUGUGAAAGCUAUCUCCCCUUUCUACAUGUAGUUACAGGUGCUUGAUAAAUCUUUGCCUGUGGUCCUGCAGAAACUCCAUGUCAUUUUACCCAUAUGAUUGGCGCCAACAUUCAUAAUCUUGAUUUUAACCAUGAAGUGGUAUGAAACACACUGUAUAUAUUGGUAAUUUGUAUGAAAUACUCUUCAGGAUUAUGAUAUACUUGUACAUUUUGUUAUUAUGCAAAAGAAUGUAAACCAACAUUAUGUUUGGGAUGCUAGUGAUUUGUAUUAUGUUAUCAUUAAAAAGCUGUCAAAACAAGAAA